UUGGAAUCUCUCCUCCCUAGCGCCAGGUUAAAAACCUCAGCACCACGUGCUGUUGCACUGUUUGCAAACCCGCCUGCGACUGACGCCCCAGAGCUCGGGAGACCACACGCGCUGGGAGCUAGCAUGUCAGCCGUGGUCCUGGAGAACGGAGGCUCGGUCAGGAAACUCAGCGACUUUGGGCAGGAAACAAGCUAUAUUGAAGACAACUCCAAUCAAAAUGGUGCCAUAUCACUGAUCUUCUCACUCAAAGAAGAAGUUGGUGCACUGGCCAAAGUCUUACGUUUAUUUGAGGAGAAUGAUAUAAACCUGACCCACAUUGAAUCAAGACCUUCACGUUUAAAGAAAGAUGAGUAUGAAUUUUUCACGUAUCUGGAUAAACGCAGCAUGCCCGCUCUGGCAAACAUCAUCAGAAUCUUGAGGCAUGACAUUGGUGCCACUGUGCAUGAGCUUUCCCGGGAUAAGAAGAAAGACACAGUGCCCUGGUUCCCAAGAACCAUUCAAGAGCUCGACAAAUUUGCCAAUCAGAUUCUCAGCUAUGGAGCGGAACUGGAUGCAGACCACCCCGGCUUUAAAGAUCCUGUGUACCGAGCAAGACGGAAGCAAUUUGCUGACAUUGCCUACAACUAUCGACAUGGGCAACCCAUCCCUCGAGUGGAAUACACGGAGGAAGAAAAGAAAACAUGGGGGAUAGUGUUCAGGACCCUGAAGUCCUUGUACAAAACCCAUGCUUGCUACGAGCACAACCACAUUUUCCCACUCCUGGAAAAGUACUGUGGCUUCCGCGAAGAUAACAUUCCCCAGCUCGAAGAGGUUUCUCAAUUUCUGCAGACUUGUACUGGUUUCCGCCUCCGACCUGUGGCUGGCCUGCUUUCCUCUCGGGAUUUCUUGGGUGGCCUGGCCUUUCGAGUCUUCCACUGCACUCAGUACAUCAGACAUGGGUCCAAGCCCAUGUACACACCUGAACCUGACAUCUGCCAUGAGCUGUUGGGACAUGUACCCUUGUUUUCCGAUCGCAGCUUUGCCCAGUUUUCGCAGGAAAUCGGCCUCGCCUCUCUGGGUGCCCCUGACGAGUACAUUGAGAAACUCGCAACAAUUUACUGGUUUACUGUGGAGUUUGGGCUCUGCAAGCAAGGAGACUCCAUAAAGGCAUAUGGUGCUGGGCUCCUGUCAUCCUUCGGUGAAUUACAGUAUUGCUUGUCAGGCAAGCCGAAUCUCCUUCCUCUGGAACUGGAGAAGACCGCUCUCCAGCAGUACACAAUCACCGAGUUCCAGCCCCUGUAUUACGUGGCUGAGAGUUUUAACGAUGCCAAGGAGAAAGUGAGCUUACUGGCUGAGCUGUGCCGACCCCUGCAGACAAGCCUGACACCCGGUCCUUGCUCUCUGCGGCCACCCGUCCACACCUGAAGUCUCCUGUGUACAGGGCGGCCACAGAGGUCCCCCCACCGAGCAGCGCUAGAAGUCUUCUAACCUGGGGAAGUCCCUGUCACUUUAUUCUCCCAGAUACUUGCAUAACGCGCUCCCUCCCCUCCUUCCAAUCUUCACCGGCAUUUAACCUUCUCUGUGUGUCUUUCUCUAACCAGCUUAUUUACAGUCACGACCCAGCCCUUUCCCGCCAGCACUCCUUAUCCCCUUCUGUGAUUUAUUUUUCUCCUUAGCGCUUACUGAUGUCUAAACUCUUGUAUGAUUUAAGGUCCACCAGGAUAGGGAUGUUUGUCCUCUCUGUUUCCUGCUCUUUCCCUGACCCUAGCACAGUGCCUGACACAUAGUAGGCCCUCAGUAAAGAAUUAGCGAAUGUGCCAGUCUCAGAGGCAGUUCAGCAAGAGGCUGAUGGAGUGGUACCAGGACUCUAAGACUCUCAGGCCUCCGCGUUGAUGGCCCUGUCAUCAACCUGCUUGAGCCACUCUGCUCCCAGCAGGAGGUAGGCCAGGCAGAGGGUCUACCAGCACAGGGCAACCAUGAUACCAUUUUUUACCACUUUUUUUAUACCUUAUCAGUGAUGGAUAAUAAACUUAAGGCAUAUAGGCCUCUGGGAUCCUAUGAAGCUGGGCACGUCAGCUUUCAAUGCACUGGGCUUAGGCAAGCAAAGGCAAAAUGCUCGCCCACAAAUGUGCUUUGUUUGGCCCCAAAUGACUCCCUCUACCCACUUUCUCCAGGGCCCUCAAGUCCUUCCUGCCAUUCUUUUCCAGUUUUCUCCUAAACUUCUACCCUUACUGGGAGGCUAGUCUUCCUCUAUCCCUAAAGGCUCCACUCUGCCAUUCCUGGGACCCCUUUAGGGUUAUGGAUUUUAGUGGAUUCAUGAAUGAUUCCAUCUAGGUAAUUAUAGUAACAGGUAAGAUGCCUGGCACCUAUUUUGUACCAAACGCUGUUCUAAGUGCUUUUCAGGUAUUAAUUCCUUUAAUCAUCAAAUAAGACUACAAAGUUUGCAGAUGGGGGUGCAGAAACAUAGAAAAGGUAAGCAACUCACCCAAGGUCAUACAGCUAGUAAGUGGCUGGCCCAGGGUUUGGACCCAGGCAGUGGGGCUUAGAGCCAGUACUCUUAACCGCUGUGUCACACCGGGAUCCCACGUGUACAGGCCCUUCUGGAGACGACUCCCUAACCCAGGAAGUGAUCAGCCCCAGGCCAGCAGGGAAGGCCUUGCCAGCACAUGGGCCUCUCAGGUCUUUGAAAUCCCACCUGCUAGUGUCCAGGACCCAGAGGAGACACCCACAAAAGCUCCCAUCUGCUGAGAGGCGGCUCGAAGAGCCAACGAGAGUUCUGAAGAACAAGGUUCAAAAAAGGAAGGGAUCUGAGCAUCUCCGGGAUACCCUCAGAUCAUCCCAGCUAAAAGAAACCAAUGCCAACCAUUUUCAGUUUCAAGAUUUAGUUCUAGCAGAGAUGAGGCUGAGUUUGGUCACACACACACUCCUUGGUCAGACGAGGACUGGGCCCGAGACUGACAGCCCAGUUGAUGUAGCUCCAGUGGAGGAGAGGUAGAUUCUCCAAAGCAAAAACGAGGUGCGCUAUGGCAAUAAGAGGGGAGAGGUGAGGAGCAGGAAAGUCACAGGUAUGUACUACCUGGUUCACGCCACCGUCUGGGCUGAGAAAGCUCUUUUCAAAGAAGAGAGGGAGAGGGGUACUUACCCAUUUAUUCUUCAAGCAUCCCCAGUCACUAAUAAAAGAUAAUAGCUAACACAUAGCGCUCUGGUUCCAAUUUUAUGGAAGAAUAAAGAAAGCGAGGUGCAGAGGAGCCCCUUGCCUGUGCCACAAGGGCUGCGAUUGGCAAAGGCAGGAUUGGAGCCCAGCAGUCUGGCUCUGGAACUUGGGUUUCCGGCCACUAUGCCGCACCGCUCUUGCCAAACUUGGAGGACCCUACUAGUCUCCCUUAUAACUGUCUUCUCAGUACGGCAGCUUCUAUUCUCACCAGAAGCCAAUUAGAAAUAUCAUUUGUGAUGUCUUUUUGCAUUUUAUAAGCCAUCUGGGAAUAUCUUCUUAAUGAUGUUGCUUCCUAUGUUUCAUAAAGCCCUCAUGGUGCAUUCCCCCCAGACCCAGGAAUGAUGCAUCGGGGAGGCAUGGACGUGAAGGGCCCAGGCCAGAGUCAGACUACCUGUGUCCUUUCCCAGCUGCUAAUGUAUUGCCUGCAUGACCUUGGUAGUCACUUAGCUUCCCCAAGCCUCAGUUUCCUCAUCUCUAAAAUGGGAAUAGUAAUGGUACCUUCCUCCUAAGGUUUUUAUGAAGACUAAGUUAGUGAUAUUGGUUGUGAAGAGUAUAGCACAGUUAGGACUUGCUAUAGUUCUUGGGACAUAGGAGGCUCUUGAUCCAUUUUUUUUCUAUAACAUUUUUUGGCUGGAUUUUACUUACUCUUCUUAUUUUAUUUCAUGAUAAGAAUUUUGACCUUAUUAUAUUGUGUGCUUUUAUGGUAGGCUACUUCUGACUUUUUGGAGGUAGGUGUGAAAGUGUGUUCAUAUAUACACAUAAGACACACCUACUGCACACAAAGGCUUCCCAAGAGGACCUCACUAAAGUUCCAUUUCACUUCUCAGCCUGGUUCUAAAGUCCCUGUUCUAGUGAGGUUUCAGUGCUACCAAGAGCCAAAUGAAAUGCAAUGGAAAAAUCUUUUAAAAUUAUUUUUCCCCAAACGGUACCCUUCACUUAGAUCUAUGGGUUUGG